CACAAAUCGUCACAUGAUUUUAUCACAAGCCGAAAGCCGAUAUUUGAUCCCGGUUGCUUUGACAAGUGGGCACUUUAUCUACCUGACGCAAAACUGUGUUUAAAUAUGCAACAGUAAAAGAGGCACAACUCGGAACACAAGAUGAAGCAGCUGUAUUUAUUACUCAUAGCAGUGUUGCCGCUGGCAGCAGCAAGCACCUUGUUCUUUGAAUCCCACAAGACUAGCUUGCAUGAAGGACACAAUCAGCCGUGUCCACCAGAAACCAAUGUGGGCUGUCCUUUGGGAACCACCUGCUGCCACCUAGUGACUGGGGAUGCUGUUUGUUGUCAAGGAGAAAAUGCGGUCUGUUGUCCAAAUUCCCUGCACUGUUGUCCAGCUGGUCAUAAGUGUGAUGAGGGUACAGGACUGUGUACAAGGGGAGACCCACACCUUACUGCAAUGUGGACUGAUAUGUUCUUUCCAAAAAAACAGUUUAAAGAAAAAAUUCCUGCAAAAACAGAACCAGCUCCAAAGAGGGAGCCACCAUCCAGACUGGACAAGAUGAUCUCAUGUCCAGACCAGAAAGAGCAGUGCCCUGAUAACAGCACCUGCUGUGCUGCCAAGGCAGGGGGAUAUGGAUGCUGCCCUACUAUCAAUGCUGUGUGUUGUGCUGAUAAGGUGUACUGCUGCCCCCCAGGGUACAUGUGUGAAGGGGGUGGGGGCUGUGAGCUAAACGACACCCGUGCAGCCACCCUGGGGCUGGUCCACUUCAACAAGGCUCCUGGUCAGAAAAUCAUGAAGACUAAAAAGCCUCCUCAGGUCCCUAAUGCAUCACUACUGAAGGAAUCCAGCAUUAGUCCAGAAUCGAUUACAGUCAGUGAUGUCCAGUGUCCAGAUGGUCGGACUGCCUGUCCAUCGGGAAACACCUGCUGUAAACAAAGUACUGGAGAUUAUGGCUGCUGCCCGCAGCCAAAAGCUGUGUGCUGUAGUGAUGGAAUACAUUGCUGUCCACAUGGUUAUACAUGUGAUGUCAGUGCAGGCACAUGCCAUAGUCAAAAUUCUGCCGUUUCUUGGUUUACAAAAACUGCUGCAAAGAUGCUCUCAGAAAAUGUGGGGAUUGUGAUAUGUCCAGAUGGUCAGUCUCAAUGUCCAUCAGGAAACACUUGUUGUAAACUUGCCAGUGGACAUUAUGGCUGCUGUCCACAGCCAAAUGCUGUCUGUUGUAGUGAUGGGGUUCAUUGCUGUCCACAUGGUUAUACAUGUGAUGUCAGUGCAGGAACGUGCCAUAGGCAAAAUUCUGUCAUGUCUUGGUUUACAAAAACUUCGGCAAAGAUGCUCUCAGAAAAUGUGGGGUCAGUGGUGUGUCCAGAUGGUCAGUCUGAAUGUCCAGAUGGGAACACCUGCUGUAAACUAGCCAGUGGUCAAUAUGGCUGCUGUCCAGUGCCAAAUGCUGCCUGUUGUAGCGAUGGAGUUCAUUGCUGUCCAAAUGGCUAUACUUGUCAGACAGGUUCUGGACAAUGUAUUCGUCAGACUAAAGCCAUUUCAAUGAUAACAGAGAAAGCAGUGCUUGUGGAUAACAAUGUAGGUUCAGUGGUAUGUCCAGAUGGGCGGUCUCAAUGUCCAGAUGGGAACACCUGCUGUAAACUAGCCAGUGGUCAAUAUGGCUGUUGUCCACAGCCAAAUGCUGUCUGUUGUAGUGAUGGAGUUCAUUGCUGUCCACAUGGCUAUACUUGUCAGACGGGUUCUGGACAAUGUGUGCGUGAAAAUGCAGCCAUUUCAGUGAUAACAGAUAAAGCUGUGCUUGUGGAUAACAAUGUAGGGUCAGUGAUAUGUCCAGAUGGGCGGUCUCAAUGUCCAGAUGGGAACACCUGCUGUAAACUAGCCAGUGGUCAAUAUGGCUGCUGCCCAACACCACGUGCUGUCUGUUGUAGUGAUGGAGUUCAUUGCUGUCCAAAUGGAUACAAGUGUGAUGUCAGCUCAGGAAAAUGUGAGCACCAAUACUCAGCCAUUCCAUGGCUAACGAAGACUACAGCCUUGUCAGUGGGAAAUGUUAGAAGUACAGUGCUAUGUCCAGACAGCCAGUCUCAGUGUCCAGACGGUAACACCUGCUGUAAACUGGCCAAUGGUCAGUAUGGUUGUUGCCCAACACCACAUGCUGUCUGCUGUAGAGAUGGUGUGCAUUGUUGCCCACAGGGACAAAUAUGUCAGAACCACACUUGGAAGUGCAUCACUCCAGAUUCUGAAACUCCCUUGCUUACUUCAGUUCCAGCCACAUUUGUCAGCCUGAAAUUACAGUCUGUCAUGUGCCCUGAUGGCAUAUCAGAAUGUCCAAAUGGGAACACCUGUUGUAAACUAGCAAGUGGUCAGUAUGGCUGCUGUCCACAGCCAAAUGCUGUCUGUUGUAGUGAUGGAAUACAUUGCUGUCCACAUGGAACAAAGUGUGAUUUGACGACUGGAACAUGCCAUAAUGGAGAGCAGAGAGUCUCCUGGUUUGUUAAGACAUUGGCAAGGCCAAAUGCACAGAAUGUUGGGUCAGUGAUGUGUCCAGAUGGUCAGUCUGAAUGUCCAAAUGGGAACACAUGCUGUAAACUAGCCAGUGGUCAAUAUGGCUGUUGCCCACAGCCAAAUGCUGUCUGUUGUAGUGAUGGGGUUCAUUGCUGUCCAAAUGGCUAUACUUGUCAGACAGGUUCUGGACAAUGUGUGCGUGAAAAUGCAGCCAUUUCAGUGAUAACAGAUAAAGCCGAGCUUGUGGAUAACAAUGUGGGGUCAGUGAUAUGUCCAGAUGGUCAGUCUCAAUGUCCAGAUGGAAACACCUGCUGUAAACUAGCCAGUGGUCAAUAUGGCUGUUGUCCACAGCCAAAUGCUGUCUGUUGUAGUGAUGGACUUCAUUGUUGUCCAAAUGGUUACACUUGUCAGACAAGUACUGGGGAAUGUGUUAAUGGGCCAGUGAUAUGUCCAGAUGGACAGUCUCAAUGUCCAAAUGGAAACACCUGCUGUAAACUAGCCAAUGGUCAAUAUGGCUGCUGCCCACAGCCAAAUGCUGUCUGCUGUAGUGAUGGGAAACAUUGCUGUCCACAUGGUUAUACUUGCCAGGUCAGUACUGGGGAUUGUGUUAGACAGAAUACAGCAAUGUCUGUUAUGAAAAGGUCACUUAAAAUUGCUCUCAAACCAUCUGGAAUGACCAAUAACAUCUGUCCAGAUGGUGGGAGCUGUCCUAACGACAACACCUGCUGUCUGCUAGCCACAGGCCGUUAUGGCUGCUGCCCUUUACCGGAGGCCGUCUGCUGCAGCGAUCAUAUCCACUGCUGUCCUGAGGGAUACACAUGCGACCUCAGAACAGGCACCUGCAGUUUUGGCAGUGACCGUAUGAGCUGGUUCACCAAAACUCCUGCAAUCGUAAUGGGAGAUAAUAUAAGUCCAAAUAAACUUCUUGGAUCUGUAAACCCCUCGAAAAAGAAGGACAUUGUAUCCAAGGAUUUGGACAGUGGAGUCACAGUUGGGAAGGCCUGUCCUGGAGGGACCCAGCAGUGUGACUCCUACCAGACAUGUUGUAAAAUGAUGGAUGGUCAGUAUGGCUGCUGUCCAGUCCCCAAUGCUGUCUGCUGUAGUGACCACCAGCAUUGCUGCCCAGAAGGCACCACCUGUGACGUAAGCAGACAGCGUUGUCUCCGAGGAGCUGUCAGUAUCCCAUGGCUCCCUAAACUAGCUGCCAAGCCAAUCCAGCCAAGUCCAGUGGGUUCUGUGGUCUGUCCAGACGGACGGUCAAUGUGUCCUAGUGGCAACACCUGUUGCAGGCAUGGUAGUGGCUAUGGCUGCUGUCCUAUGUCACAUGCCGUCUGCUGUAGUGAUGGCCGCCACUGCUGUCCAAGUGGAGAAAGAUGCGACCUUACACACGGACUUUGCACCAGACGUGGCAUCCUGAGCCUGUUGUUCCGUAACACCCCCUCCAGUAUGACAAGUAUGUCUACAUCCAUGCUAGAGGUGGACCAUGACAGGCCUGUGCCAGUUCAGGACAGUGAGCCUGACAUAACCUGUGAUGACCAGUCUGUGUGUCCAUCUAGGAGCACCUGUUGCAAGCUGACCAGUGGUCAGUAUGGUUGCUGUCCGUUGCCUGAAGCAGUGUGUUGUAAAGAUGGCACUCACUGCUGUCCACAAGGGACUGAGUGUAAUACCAAAACUGAACAAUGUGGGGCCAAGGACAUCCAGUUCCCCUGGCUGAAGAAAAUGCCCGCCACACAGCCAGUACGUCGAAAAAAUAACAUUUGUCCAGGUGGCAAGUCAGAAUGCCCAGGUGGAGCCACUUGUUGUAAGCUGGCGUCUGGAAGCUAUGGGUGCUGUCCACUGCCACGCGCUGUAUGCUGCUCGGACCACAAGCACUGCUGCCCCCCAGGAAGUGCUUGCAAUGUGCAGAAACAAAAAUGUCAGCGGAAAUCUGGAGCCAGUUUGCCCAUGCUCAGGAAGAUGCCUGCCCUCUCAAGAACCCUUGUUGAGAAGACAGAGCCACCUGAGCAGACUGAACUUUUGACAGAGGUCAUUUGUCCCGGCGGUGAGGCGGAGUGUCCUUCUGGAAACACGUGUUGUAAGAUGGCCAGCGGUCUGUAUGGGUGCUGUCCACACCUUGCAGCUGUGUGCUGUUCUGAUGGUCUUCACUGCUGUCAAGAGGGGUCCACCUGUGAUGUCAGCCAGGGCACCUGCCAGCAAGACAAGACCAACAUUCCAUGGUUUUUAAAAACAGAAGCAAAAUCACUAACAGUGGAGAGGGACAAUGCAGGCAGUGUGGAGAGUGUGGUAUGCCCAGGUGGUACCAAGUCCUGCCCAGACAGAAAUACAUGUUGUAAAAUGACACACGGAUAUGGAUGCUGUCCGUUGCCUUAUGCCACUUGCUGCAGUGAUGGCCAACACUGCUGUCCCGAGGGCUACGAAUGUGAUGUCUCAAAGGGGUCAUGUAAGAAAUCAGGUCAAGGUCAGGCAGAGUUCAUGCAGAAGCUGACCCAAAGAGCAGCAAAGGGAGGACACAUGUUACUUUGAUGUCUCUAAUGAAAUUAUAUUUCUAUUGCCAGGCUCUCAGUGAAUCCAAUAAUAUGUAUUAUUGACAAAUGUAAAGACAGAGCCAUUCUGCAUUAUAGUGUUCAUAUGCAACUACUAGUGUUUCAUAAUGGUUGCUUUUAGUAUUGUACUGAAUGUUCAGUAAAUUUUCCCAUUUAUUUAUUUAUUUAUUUAUUUAUUUAUUUAUUUAUUAAGCAUUAAAACUGUGUUUCACCUGUAGAAUUCUGUAGAAACAACAGCUAACUCUGGUCACACAUACCAUAUCUGGUUGCAGAGGAAUCUGUAUAUUUAUAAUUGUUUAUUUUAAUUCCAUGAUAAGAAAAAACAGGUGUGUUGCAGACAGCUCAUACACCAAAUAUUGACACAGAUUGUGGAUAGAAGACAUUAUAGCUUCAACUAUUUUGUUUACAAACAUGGUUAACCAGGAUAAAGAGCUGUGAUUAUUAGUCAACUUGCUUCUACAAACACAAAAGAAGAACAAGUGCAAAAACAGAGCUAUGCAGUUGCUUUGUGAUAGUAAAUGAAUGAGUGUUUAUGUUUGGUUUGAACAUUGUAUUAUAAUACUUAAACAUUGGACCUUGCAUACUACUGAAAAGACUUCAUUUAAGUGACAUGAAAAAAAAUGUAAUAUUUCAUAUUUAUAGCCAAAUGAUAACAUCUUUUUUAGUAAGCGUGCUUAUAUGCUGAGAAUUUUGAAUUUUUACAGGGUCAUUGGCAGUAAAACUUUAAAAGCUUUAUGGAUGUAUUAAUCAUGUUUUGCAUCACAAAACAGUUUUAUUAUAUUAUGUAGCCCAUUGGAUAUAAAAGAUGUCGUAAGAGGGAUAUGUAAAUUGCAAACAACCCAAAGCUGUGUUAGAAAAUCUCUGUUUAUUGCUUCUAGUAGACUUUUUGCAGACAGAAGAUAUAAGACAAAGGGAAAUAUCUUUAAUAAUUUGCACUUACUGGAUCAAACAUUGAUUUUUUUUUUAUUCUGAUUUCUACGGUUCAGUUCUUUUUUUUUCUGAUUCUGAUUUGUACGGUACAUUUCUGUUCCACUCCAACACAUCUUAUAUACCCAGUAGUAACCCCCCUCAUUCAUGAAUGCUCG